CAGCUAACAGCGACCGUUUCCAGCCGCCUCGGUCGCCACCUCGGCACCUCCCUUCCUCCUCCUAGUAGAAGUUUAUCAGUGCGAGCGAGGACCAUCGCGAUUUCUUUCCGUUCCAAAAGGGCCCCAGCCAGCGUCUCUACGCGCACAACACAAGCUUCCCCCCUCUCCGAGUUUCGUCGGUCCAGACCCCGGGGUGCUGUGCGCCCUUGAGUUCUGAACCUCCUCACCUACCUCCCCUCCUCCGCCGGCUAUAUCUUCUUCUCGUCGGUAGCUUUGAACUUCUUUGUGGACACAGGUCUCAGGUCUGGAACAGAGAACUGCCACUGCCUCCUCCCCUCCCUCUUUCUCUACUCCUGUUUUGCCCCUUUCCACCAGCAGCAGGGGUUCUAUACAUAGGCUCGGGUUUUGCCUUGCAGGGGGUUGAGAGUUAUUGUCGGAGGGGCAGCUGAGCCUUGGACUUGGAGAUGGCAAGCUUCCAUGAAGAGAAGAGAGCAGCUCCGCAGAGGGAGGAGGCACCUUCCCGGAGCAAGUACGGCGGCAUUUCGCCGAAGAAGCCACUGAUCAGCAAGGACCACGAGCGCGCCUACUUCGACUCGGCAGAUUGGGUCCUCGGCAAGGUAACCAGCGGAACAGAUCAACCUGCGAACACAGCAGCAGAAAUCCAUGCGAUUCUUUGCUUCCGAUGCUCACAAGUCACAACCGUCAACCACCCCCUCCCUGUUUGUUUUGUGCAGCAAGGCGCGAGCAGCAGCAACGGCGCGACGGUCCCGGCCGCCGAGCCCCUCAAACCCAAGCUGCAGCGGACGGCGUACCACCAGCUCCCCCCGCGAAGGCCGGCGUGCACGUCGGAGUAGCUGGCGCGGCUCCUGUCUCAUCGCGUCGGCGGCGUCGCUGCUGACUCGUCAUCGUGAUGCGUAGGCGGAACGGUUCUGUGGAGGUGAGGAGUCACACUAUAGGGAGCGAGGAUCCAUGGAGUUGGGGCGAAUUGGGUUUGUAAAUACGGGGAUGCAUGCUGUUCACCAGCGUGGAGUUAUCUGAAAUUAAAGUGAUCAGUGCACUCGGCGUCUCGUCUUCA